AUGGAAUCUUUAAACCAAUUUUUUUAUAAAAUUAUUUUUCAUAAAGAACAUAGAGAUAUUCCAUCAAACAUAGAUAUAAAUAAACAUGAUAUUUGUGCUAUAUGCAAAGAUGUUAUCGAUACAAAGCUUAAUGAAUCAGUUACAAUUUUACAAUGCAAAUAUUUUUUUCACCAAAAAUGUGUUAAAUAUAAUACUAAAUAUUUACAAUAUCAAGAGAAAACUAAUAAAAUAAUUAAAAAUAUAGAUAUUUCUCAUCAAGAAAGCAAUUGUUCUAUUAAAUCAUUCUUAAAUUUUGAACAAGCUACUAUUUCUACUACAGAAUUCACUCAAUCUACUGAACUUACUGAACCUAUUAAAUUUAAUGAAGAAUCUACUGAACUAACUAAAUUCAUUGAAUCUACCAAAACAACCAAGUUUACUGAACACACUGAAUCUACUAGGCUACCCAAUUUCACUAAACUUAUUGUUUUUACCAGAUCUGCUAAACUAAUAUCCGCUGAACUUGCUAGCUUUUUUACAUCUAUUGAGUCUACUAAGUCUAUUGAAUAUACAGAGCCUAUUGCUUCUAUGUCUGCUAAAUCUAAUGAAUCUAUUGAAUUUAUUGAAGAAUCCACUGAACUAACCAAAUUCAUUGAAUCUACCAAAACAAUCAAGUUCACUGAACACAUUGAAUCUACUAGGCUACCCAAUUUCACUAAACUUAUUGCUUCUACCAGAUUUGCUGAACCAAUAUCUGUUGAACUUGCUAGCUCUUUUAUAUCUAUUGAAUCUAAUAAACCUAUUGAAUUUAUUGAAGAAUCCAGUGAACUAACUGAAUUCAUUGAAUCUACCAAAACAACUAAGUUUACUGAACACACUGAAUCUACUAGGCUAUCUAAUUUCACUGAACUUAUUGCUUUUACCAGAUCUGCUAAACCAAUAUCCACUGAGCUUGCUAGCUCUUUUACAUCUAUUGAGUCUACUGAGUUUAUUGAAUAUACAGAACCUAUUGUUUCUAUAUCUGCUAUAUCUAAUAAGUCUACCAAAUCAUCUAUGUCUAUGUCUACAACCAA